CAAUCAGUCUGCAAACAGCUAUUCCAAGAGUGAAGGCAUGAAUGAUCCAAAAGCAUGCAGAGUGAAAAAUGAAGAUAAUGAGCAACAAAUAGAUCUGAUGGAAGUGAAAGAGGAAUGUCAAGACUUGAACGAUGUGGAUCAGAAACACCAUCAGUAUCAUAAAUCUGAAAAUGUCAUAACUGGUGAAGAAUCUGUUAGUUGCUCACAGACUGAAAAUAAUUUCUCACAAAAAGGAACUCCAAGAACAAGAGCCAAAAAUUAUUUCACAUGCCCUCAGUGUGGAAAGAGUUUUAGACUAAAAGCAGAUCUUCAGAGGCAUCUAAGAAUUCACACCGGAGAGAAGCCUUUCACAUGCCCUCAGUGUGGAAAGAGUUUUGCACUGAAAGGAGCUCUCGAGAAGCACCUGAGAAUUCACACCGGAGAGAAGCCUUUCACAUGCCCUCAGUGCGAAAAGAGUUUUACACUAAAAGUAAGUCUUGAAAAGCACCUGAGAAUUCACACUGGAGAGAAGCCUUUCACAUGCCAUCGGUGUGGAAAGAAUUUCACAGAGAAAGGAAAUCUUGAUUGUCACAUGAGAAUUCACACUGGAGAGAAGUCUUUCACUUGCCAUCAAUGUGGAAAGAGUUUUUCACUAGAAGGAAAUUUUAAGAGGCACCAAAGAAUUCACUCUGGAGAGAAGCCUUUUACAUGCCUUCAAUGUGGGAAGAGUUUCGCACUAAAAGUAGUUCUUGAUUGUCACCUGAGAAUUCACACUGGAGAGAAGCCUUUCACAUGCCUUCAGUGUGGAAAGAGUUUCACACAGAGAGGAGGCCUCAAAGAUCACAUGAGAAUUCACUCUGGAGAGAAGCCAUUCACAUGCCCUCAGUGUGGAAAGAAUUUCAAAGAGAAAGGAAAUCUUAAGCGUCACAUGAGAAUUCACACUGGAGAGAAGCCUUUCACGUGCCCUCAGUGUGGCAAGGAAUUUGCGUUGGAAUCAUACCUAAAGAUACACCUGAAAAUUCAUUCAGAUGUAAAGCCUUACCGGUGUUCUUUUUGUGGAAAGAGUUUUUCACGACUGGAAUAUUUUAAUAAGCACCAGAUAACACAUAGCGGUGUGAAAGCUCAUGUAUGCUCUGAGUGUGGUAAAGCUUUUAGCAGAGCUCACGAAUUGAAAAUGCACAUAGGAAGUCAUACUUGAGAAUAACAAUACUAGUGUUCACAUUAUGGAAAGAGUUUCAUUAUGUCAGGACACCUGAAAUCCAUGAGCGUGCAUAGAGUAGCCAUACCACUGUACCCCAUGUAGGAAGAGUUUCACCAAUCAUGUAAUCUAGAGGCUCAUCUAAAAAAGCAUUGUCCAAAGUUUAUAAGGUGUCCCUUAUAAACUUGGAAUAAACACAAAUUAUAUUUAGGCCAAUAUACUAUUAUAUAUAAGAAUUUUUAUUCGUGCAAGCAUUGUUUCUGGGCAUGCAUUCUCAGUGAUAGAGUGCACAAAUGGCUUAAGCCCAUCGUAAGUGACAUUCUUGGAUGCAGCUGGUGGAAUGCUCCUAUACAGCCCGGAAAAGGUUUGUCAAACGGUUUUACCAUGUUGUGUACUCAUUUCAGAGCAACUAUCUCGCUGCGAUCCAUUAAAAGUUAUCCCUCGAUCCAAUCUUUUGACAGCUGUGGAAGCCAGGUUGUAGACCAGCACGGUGGGCCACUGCCUCCACACUUAGUCUUGAGAAACAUUGCAUUUAUCCGUCCCAAUACCCAUCCAGGAACGGCCUUCAAGACUCACCUCGACUGCUUUUGUAUCUUUAUUUGGGGUGCUCAUUUCUGCUCCUGGAGGUCUAUCUACCUGGCAAAUUAAGUUCCAACUCUAAUCAAGCACACUUGAACCAGCUAAUCAAGAUUUAUCUGUACUUAAAAACCAUAUGUAGCUGUGCUACAGCAGGGUUAAAACUAAACUCUGCAGGAAGGAAGCUCUCCAGGAAAAGGAUUGAGCACCCUAGGUCAAGUAACCUUGAGCCCAUAGCACACCCCUUAUGGCAGCUACAACUCAUUAGAUUGCUCUAUCAACUUUAGAUGUUUUAAGUGCCUACUGGUUCAAUCUGGAAACUCCAAAGGUUAGGUGUAUCACUCACCAAAUCAGAGACAUGAGCCACUGUUGGACAAUGCAAUGGUUGCUCUUCGACCAGACACUCCUGUAAUGUCUUCACUGCCUCCUCCGUUUCAUCAACCACCACUACACCUGCAUUUUUCUGCACUUUGUUCCCAUCUCACUGGUCUCCCCCAUAUUGUUGAUGCAUCCCAACAAAUGAAAUGGAACGCAGGUGUCUUAAGUGGCUUUAAAAUAAGUUAGACACCAUGUAUAAAAAUGUGGUGGUCCAGUGCAAGACGCUGAAAGAAAAUUUAAACGGCGGGAUGUGGUGCAAAGGUCAAAGACCAGAAAAAGAUUUAUUUAAAAACAGCGCAGACACACUAAAACACAUGUUAUCGACAACUAAUGCACCCUAUAAUUGAAAUACUGACCUGAACACAGCCUGAAACUCAAUGGUUUCUUGGGUCCUGUCAAGUUGAGUUGCAGACCUCUAUUGGACAUGUAGAAUAAACAAAUAGUGAUUUUGGUAUUUGAAUGGAGGCAUGUCAAACUGUUAACCGAGUGACAAGACUAUCCAUGCACAUCCCUAAUAAGUGUGCAAACUCUGUGCAAUUACUCUCCACAGAGAAACACUGGAGCUCUGUCAGAGUGACCAUGGGGUUCUUGGUCACCUCCCUGACUAAGGCCCUUCUCCCCCGAUUUGGUGGUUCCAAACUUCCAUUUACGGAUGAUGGAGGCCUUCAAUUUGGGACCUUCAAUGCUGCAGAAAUGUUUCUGUACCCUUCCCCAGAUCUGUGCCUCUAUACAAUCCUGUCUCGGAGGUCUACAGACAAUUCCUUGGACUUCAUGGCUUGGUUUGUGCUUUGACAUGCACUGUUAACUGUGGGACCUUAUAUAGACAGGUGUGUGCCUUUACAAAUUAUGUCCAAUCAACUGAAUUUACCACUGGUGGACUCCAGUCCCAAAACACUGUAACUGGAAAUGAGAAUAGACUCCUCAUCUCAAGGAUGAUCAGUGGAAACAGGAUGCACAUGAGCUCAACUUUGUGUGUCAUGGCAAAGGCUGUGUACUUAUGUACAUGUAAUAUUUUCAUUUUUUUUUUUUUUAUAAAUUUGCAAAUAUUUCAAGCAAAUUUCUUUCACAUUAUGGGGUAUUGUUUGUAGAAUUUUGAGGAAAAUAAUGAAUUUAAUACAUUUUGGAAUAAGGCUGUAACAUAACAAAAUGUGGAAAAAGUGAAGCGCUGUGAAUUCUUUCUGGAUGCACUGUAUUAUUUUGUAAUUGUUAUUAUUUGAUUGACACUUUUCUCUUGCAAACAAAUCUCAAGAAACGUAGUGUUUUUUCAUUUUUCUUUUAUAAUACAGACUUCCUCUUUAAGGGACAUUAGGAUCCAGUACAUCUGUUGGAGGGACACACAAAAACAUAUAACCAUAUUUCUAUGAAAAAUUAGAUAUACUUAAUCUAAGAAAUAUGAAGCAUUUAAUGCAAGCUCUGCAGAUUAACAUCUACUGUAUACCAGAGUGCAUUAAAAACUACAAGAUGAAAAUUGUUUUUAUACAUCUUUUUCAAAAUAUUCCAUAAAUCAGUGUUAAAGAGUAGAGAAGAUUUGCUUAACUUUCCUUCAGUUUUCAAAUAACUGUCCUGAGGUCUUAUGAAGAUGAUACAACAAACUUCAUCUGAUUAUCUGUCUUAAGCUUAUAUAUUUGUAUCAACAGCCUGACAAAUAAUAGGACCAUCACUCUUGAUAAAGCUGCUGAAAUGCCUCUUUAUUUCACGACAAUAGUUUCUUUUCGAAGUCUCUUUGAUACUGCAUCAGUUGCUGACACACUGGGAAACACCCCCAGGUGGCAACAAUGGUCUGAAGCCCUAUAAAAUCCCACAAACUUAAGCAACACCCCUAAGGAGCUGUGCCAUCUGCUCCUUAUAAGCAUCUCCUCAGAUUUUCUUUAGUUCACUGCACGAUUCUGUCUGGCCCGUGUUGCAUGAGCAACUCACGCCGAAGCGAGGAUUAAUUUUCUCCCUUUUGAGUUGCAACAUGUUAGGACGUAGUUGGAAACCGUGUGACCUGAAAGAGCAAUUUCCUAUGCAUUUUUAUCUGCAUUACGACAGCACGAUGAGUAUAGCACAUCAUUGCGGCUUGCUUUUUUUCUCACCACGGGUUGCUACCCCCUUUGCUCUUGUUCUAUAGUCUCUGGAAAGGAACCACAUGAGUUAUGAGCACAAGGGAUUUUGUCUUUGGACUUAAAAAUAUAGAGUAUGAGGACAGUGGACUUCUCUUGUCUUAAUCCCCACCUCAGCCAUUUUAUCUGGGGAAGAGAUGCGAUUGAUAUCUGUAAUAGACAUUUUAAUACUAUAUACUAAGUAAUAUGUAAUCACAAUCAUACAUUAUGUCUUAACUGUGUGUGUAUGACUAAAAUCACUCCCUGCACCUGUGGAGACAAGUGUGUUCUCGCACCCCUGCCUUUGGUUGAGGAGGCUAGAGCUGUCACAAGGGUGGGGGCGGCUAAUCCCAGAGAGAAAAUUUAAAGAAAAGAGCAUUAUUACUGUACGUCAGUCUGUUAUCAGGAAUGCUGAAUGAU